CAGAAUCUCAGAAAAACACCCGGAUGAAGCGCGUCUCUGUCAGCCAUGAGGAUCCGCUCCACACACAAAAUCCACCAUCAAUAUUAUUAUUCCUGAUCUUCAUAUUUCAGAUCGCAGCCAAAAAUGGUCCAGUCCUGCUCGGCGUACGGAUGCAAGAACAGAUACCAGAAAGAUAAAAACAUCUCCUUUCAUAAGUUUCCUCUGGCCCGCCCGGACGUCUGUGGAAAAUGGGUGUCCGCCAUGAAGAGAAGAAACUUCAAGCCCACCAAGUACAGCAACAUCUGCUCUCAGCACUUCACCAGAGACUGUUUCAAACGCCAGUGCAACAACCGUGUGCUAAAGGACAACGCAGUGCCCUCGCUCUUCAGCUUCAGCAAACUACAACUACAGGCAUCGUCUCUGGAGGACUCCUUCAGCCCGGACCUGGACUUUCCUCUCAGCCUCCCUCUCUCUGAUGCCGAGGAGACCCCAGUGCUUCCGUCUGAACCGGACCGGUCCUGCACCGACCCGGAGCCGAUCCGGGAGCCCCACUUCAGCGCCUGCGUGUCCUGCGACCACAACUACACGGUGGAGGACACGGGUCAGCAGAAGAGACGAGUCGAGCAGCUGCAGGAGCAGAUGGAGAAGCUGCGCAAGAGACUGAAGACGGUCCAGCAGAAGUGCAGGCGUCAGGAGCGGCAGCUCGAGCGCUUCAGAACCAUGCGCCGGGUCCAGAUCCAGAGCCAGAAGGACACCGCACCAGGGUCAUCCUACGUCAUUCUGCCCACAGAGAUCUACGACGUGCUGAAGGGCAUCGAGACCAUCGGGGCGCUGUGAGGGGUUAAUCC